UUGCAUCCGGCUACGAUCUGUCCCUUGGCCCGUGCUGCUGAUUGGUUUCGUCAGAGUCAAGGGCAUGAUCCAAGGAAUCUCUUGAUCGUCGACAACAUACAGAGAUGACGAUCGAAGACCCACCUUGAACUGUCAGGAGCGUUUAAAGAUUAAUCGCGCAGUCAUUCCAUGCAUUAUCGUUCACGGAACAGUCUCAUGCCCUUCUGGAACACCUACGACUGUGGUUUCCCACACACACCUCGUCUUUAUUCCCUUCUGGUCUUGCUGAAAAGACCACCACCAUGCCCUUCAGAAUGUUCCAGGCAGUUCACGGAGAGCCCGGUCCCCCUCCUGAUGGAGGCGUUCAGGCAUGGCUCCAGAUCCUCGCCGGGCACCUUGUCAAUGCACUGACAUGGGGAUAUUCUGCUUCAUUUGGAAUAUACCAACUCCAUUAUACGACCACGUUGUCGUUACCGGAGUCGCAAAUAGCCUGGAUUGGUUCCUUACAAGUCUUUCUCACGUUCUUCAUAGGCGCAUUUUCUGGCCGCUCCACCGAUGCGGGCUACGCUCAGCACACAGCUCUUUUAGGCACGGUGCUAAUCGUACUUGGGACAUUCAUGACUAGCCUAGCGACUGAAUACUGGCAAAUAAUACUUGCGCAAGGCCUUUGCACCGGCCUCGGUAUGGGCGCCUUGUACAUGCCGGCCGUCGCCGUAAUCGGCUCGUAUUGGAAAGAAAGGAAAGCGAUGGCGUUAGGUUUGGCUGCUUCUGGGAGCGGGACCGGCAGCAUCUUGUUUCCUUUGAUUGUACAGCAUCUCCAGCCAGUUACCGGGUUUCCUCGUGCAGUCCAGGUGCAAGGGUACAUUGCUCUAGCGUUCGCGAUUGUCAUCAACCUUCUGCUUCGACCACGCCUUCCUCCACGCAGGGCGGGUCCACUCGUGGAAUGGGAGGCAUUUCUAGAGCCUACAUACACUCUGUUCACAAUUGGUGUGUUCCUGAUAUUCUGGGCGUUGUACUUUGCCUUUUUCUUUAUAAACACAUAUGCGACCUCGAUGGUUGGUCUGUCCCCGGGAGAGGCUGUGAAUCUACUUGUGGUCAUCAACGCGGUUGGUAUACCAGUACGACCACUCCUCGGAUUAGUUGCCGACAGGUACUUUGGAUCACUCCCUACUCUGAUUGCUUCAACAACGUUCCUCGCUAUCAUGUUAUUCGUCUGGAUAUCCAUUCGAAGCGUAAGCAGCCUGUAUGCAUUCGCUGUCUUCUAUGGAAUUGCUACUGGCGCAACUCAAGGAAUGUUCGUUAGUGGCCUCGCAUCAUUAACAACGGACUCGAGCAAGCUUGGUGUUCGUUUUGGAAUGGUAUGCUCUAUACUAGCAUUUGCAUCCCUGGCAGGUCCACCAACGGCAGGUGCUUUGAUUGAAAGUGACAAUGGAGGCUUUCUCAAGGCACAAGUGUGGGCUGGUUCGGUGACAAUUUGCGCUGCUCUCUGCGUAUGCGUGGCAAAUUGGACUCAAGUCAGGUUCAAACGUCCAGCCCAAGAGCUAAGUAGUGGUGAGCUGGAGGGACAGAGACAGGAUCCCAGCAGCAUGGAAGCUGUUCAAGUAGGUGGGGAUAGGCGUGUGAAGAUGUGAACGCUCCUUGUAUGUAGAAGAAGUAUCAAGGGAUUCGAUACAUCCAACUUCUAAUGAAAUGGAUGACGCGUAUCGUAAACGAUAGCUAAAGUCAGUCAGACCUGUUAUCCUUACUAGCAGUACCUGUAUUCUGAGGCCAGAAGAUCGAUUAAUAGUUUGGUCUGCUAGGAUCAAAUUCUAGCCUUAGAGUAGUCCGGACCCACGUGAUUUAGUAUUAAU